AGAAAGAGGAUCUGCAGGUGGUGCCUUGUGUCGAAAGUCUUCCCGACGAGAGGAGGUCGGGCGGCGCGUCCCGUGAAGUUAUAGCCACGGCGGUACAAGAUGAUUUGGCGGAUCAAAUGGUGUAGCCCAGCGAAGGAAAGAUCUGCGGUUCGAGCCUUGCGUCGAAAGUCUUCCCGACAGGAGGUCGGGCGGCGUGUCCCGCAAAGAGUGUGCGGCGGUGCAAGAUGGACCAAGACCAAGAAAGAGGAUCUGCAGGUGGUGCCUUGUGUCGAAAGUCUUCCCGACGAGAGGAGGUCGGGCGGCGCGUCCCGUGAAGUUAUAGCCACGGCGGUACAAGAUGAUUUGGCGGAUCAAAUGGUGUAGCCCAGCGAAGGAAAGAUCUGCGGUUCGAGCCUUGCGUCGAAAGUCUUCCCGACAGGAGGUCGGGCGGCGUGUCCCGCAAAGAGUGUGCGGCGGUGCAAGAUGGUUAGCAGAUAAAGAGAAAGAAAGGGAUUACCGCUGG